CUCCCAGCUGUGGUUCCUCUUCCUCUUUCCUUGGCUUCCGCUCCUUGGGGGGGGUACCUCUUUAAAGGAAUCAAAGGAAGUGGCCACCUUCCCACCUAAACCAGCUGCAAACUGGGCGAAAUGUUCUAUUCCAGUUCAAGUCCCGGUUUUUGAGACCAGCCCAGUUCUCACUGGAGCUCCCUGUGUUUUCCUGUGCUCGCCUUCCGUGCCUUUCUCCUGCCUUUAGCAACAUCCGCUGCCAUUUCAUUCAAACAAGCGGAAAGAACUUGCCCUGCCAGGGAGGUUCACACUUCCAGCCUUCAGCUUUCGCCAUCAAUAAAGGGAAGAGAAGGACUCUGCACAUGCUCAGGAAAAUGUUGGUUUCCAGCAGACUCCGGGAACUGCAGACUGAGAAGGAGUGAGAUUUCCCAAGGUGGAUCCAGAGAAGCUCCCGAAAGAGGACGGACGGGGCCGGUGCCCAGAAAACAACCAUGGGUGAGGAAGGCCCCCCCAGCCUGGAAUACAUCCAGGCCAAGGACCUGUUCCCCCACAAAGAGCUGAUUAAAGAAGAAGAGUCUUUACAGGUCCCCUUUCCCGUGCUGCAAGGAGAAGGCGUGGAAUACCUGGGCCAUGCGACCGACGCCAUCAUUGCCCUCUCCAACUACCGGCUCCAUAUCAAGUUCAAGGACUCCGUGAUCAACGUGCCUUUGAGGAUGAUGGAAAGCGUGGAGAGCCGGGACAUGUUCCAGCUUCACAUCGUCUGCAAGGACUCAAAGGUCAUCAGGUGCCAUUUCUCCACCUUCAAGCAAUGCCAGGAAUGGCUGAAGCGACUGAGCCGAGCCAUCGCUCGCCCCACCAAGCCGGAAGACCUCUUUGCCUUCGCCUACCACGCCUGGUGCUUGGGGGUCUGUGCUGACGAGGAGGACCAGCACGCCCACCUCUGCCGCCCAGGAGACCAUGUGAACUUCUCGUUUGAGAUGGAACUGGCCCGGAUGGGCUUUGACUUGCAGAACGUGUGGCGGGUUUCUGACAUCAACAGCAACUACAAGCUGUGUACCAGCUACCCCCAGAAGCUCCUGGUGCCGGUCUGGAUCACGGAUAAGGAGCUGGAGAACGUGGCUUCCUUCCGGUCUUGGAAAAGGAUUCCAGCAGUCGUGUACAGGCACCUGCGCAAUGGGGCCGUGAUCGCCCGCUGCAGCCAGCCGGAGAUCAGCUGGUGGGGCUGGCGCAACGCAGAUGACGAAUACCUUGUCACCUCCAUCGCCAAAGCCUGUGCCUUGAACCCGGGGCAGAAGGUGGCCGGAGGGAUGCCACAUUCUGCGCUCAGCGAUGGGAAUGAGGCCUGUGAUGCUGGAUUUGAUUCGUCCCUGACGGCAUGUUCGAGCGUGGAGUGUUCGGCGACCCCUCAGAAGCUGCUGAUCCUGGACGCCCGCUCCUACACGGCAGCCGUCGCCAACCGGGCCAAAGGAGGAGGCUGUGAAUGUGAAGAAUAUUACCCCAACUGCGAGGUGGUCUUCAUGGGCAUGGCGAACAUCCAUUCCAUCCGUAACAGCUUCCAGUACCUGCGGGCCGUCUGCAGCCAGAUGCCAGACCCCAGCAACUGGCUGUCUGCUCUGGAGAGCACCAAGUGGCUGCAACACCUGUCGGUCAUGCUGAAGGCUGCCGUGUUGGUCGCCAAUGCCGUGGAUCGGGAGGGGCGCCCUGUGCUGGUCCACUGCUCUGAUGGCUGGGACCGGACCCCGCAGAUUGUAGCCCUAGCCAAGAUCCUGCUGGACCCCUAUUACAGGACGAUGGAGGGUUUCCAGGUGCUGGUGGAAUCAGACUGGCUGGAUUUCGGCCACAAGUUUGGGGACCGCUGUGGCCACCAGGAGAAGACGGAGGAUCAGAACGAGCUGUGCCCUGUCUUCCUGCAGUGGCUGGAUUCCGUCCACCAGCUGCUCAAGCAGUUCCCCUGCCUUUUUGAAUUUAAUGAAGCUUUUCUGGUGAAGCUUGUACAGCACACGUACUCCUGCCUGUACGGGACUUUCCUCGGGAACAGCCCCUGCGAGCGGGACGUGCACAACAUCGCCAAGCGCACCUGCUCCGUCUGGUCCCUUCUCAGAGCCGGCAACAAGAACUUCCAUAACCUUCUCUACCUGCCUGGCAGCGAGCAGGUGCUGCAUCCGGUGUGCCAUGUGCGAGCCCUCCACCUCUGGACAUCUGUGUACCUCCCGGCCUCCUCCCCAUGCCCUCUGGGAGAAGAAGGAAUGGACCUCUACCUGCCCUCGGGAGCCCAGAGCCAGGAGUUUAGCAGCCGGUCCCUGGACAGGCUGCCAAAGACGAGAUCCAUGGACGACCUGCUCUCCGCCUGCGAUCCCAGCAGCUUGCUGACCCGCACAUCAAGUGACCCAAAUCUGAACAACCACUGCCAGGAGGCCAGGGUGGGCUUGGAUCCCAGGCUCCCCAGCGCAGAGGAGGAGGAGGAGGAGGAGCCCAUGGCAGGCAGAGAGAUGGCUGCCGGCGAGGGACAGCCUUGGGUGGCUGAGCAGCGGUGGCGGCAGGAAGGCGACCCCCUGGAUCCCGCCAGCGGUGGCAGCUCUGAUGGUGGGAAGCCGUCGGCCUCUCGGACCUUAAACGGCCCAGCUUCUGAGACAGAAGAGGUUGGCAGCACCUGCCCAGAAGCGCCAGAUCAUGCCCACCCAGCUCCAAGUGCUUCUGAGGAGAAGAUUCCCUUAAGCAACUUGACCGGAACAGAAGAGCCAUCAGCAACGUUUCCGUGCAGCCGUGUGAAGGACGGUGCGGUCGGCCCGGAGUCUCAUGGCAUCUGGGAUCUCGUUGAGCCGUGCUGUUCAGAACCCUCCCUCCCGCCUGAUGCCCCUGGUCCGCCCCCGCCAGUGCCCGGUGCCCCCAAGGAAGACGCCAAGACCGGUGGCCCGAAAGAAGAGGGGGGCAGAUGGGGCAUCCCCAGGCCCGGGGAGGAGGGAAGCCAGCCGGGAAAGGCUCAGGCCGAGUGGUGGCGCAAGGGGAUCUCCCAGAGCCAGAUGAGUGAGUUCUCACUCCUGGCUGCCAACUGGGACAGUUUCCAGGGGAUGGGGGCGUCGCUUCCCGGGGGCGACGCAGGCCCUCGCCGCCUCCUCUCCUACUACGGCUGCUGUAACAAAAGGCCGGGCGGGCGGCCCUUCUGGGCCUCGGGACUGUGCCUCAGCGGCCAGUGGCCUUUGAAAGAAGGUGGGAGGCCCCACGGACCGAGCCUGGCUGGGAAAUCCAGCAAGCCAUGGCUCCCUGGCCACUGGAAGCCUGCCCUGGGUGCCAAGCAUGUGCCGCCGAGCAGCCCUUCUCCGGGGCCUCCCCCCUACCUGGAGGACGACGGGCUCCCCUUCCCCACGGACGUGAUCCAGCACCGGCUGCGGCAGAUCGAGGCUACCUACAAGCAGGAGGUGGAGCAGCUGCGCCGGCAGGUGCGGGAGCUACAACUCAGGCUGGACAUCCGCCAUUGCUACGCCCCACCGGUCGAGCCGCCGAUGGACUACGAGGAUGACUUUACUUGCCUCAAGGAGUCGGACGGCAGCGAAAACGAGGACUUCUCCGACCACAGCGAAGACUGCCUCUCUGAAGCAAGCUGGGAGCCUGUGGAUAAAAGGGAAACCGAGGUCACACGCUGGGUUCCAGACCAUAUGGCUUCGCACUGCUUCAACUGUGACUGUGAGUUUUGGCUUGCCAAACGCCGGCAUCACUGCAGGAACUGCGGGAAUGUGUUUUGCGCCGGCUGUUGUCAUCUGAAGCUGCCCAUUCCUGAUCAGCAGCUUUACGACCCGGUCCUCGUCUGCAACUCCUGUUACGACCACAUCCAGGUCUCCCGUGCCAGGGAACUUAUGAGCCAGCAUCUGAAGAAACCCAUUGCCACAGCUUCCAGCUGAGCGCCAGCCGCCGAGGGAACCUGUCGGAGCCUGGCCUUUUCCACCGUGCGGACAGGGAAAGGACAGGGCUGCCCCCCCCCACCCCGGGGGGUGGCCAACGGGGAGGUCGGUAGCACAGCACUUGGAUCACCAAGCCUUGUUAUGCACUGUUGGUGAUUUCUCCCACCUGGUGCCCUGUGUAACAGAGAGGAGGAAAUUGGAUUAAAGAGUGUGAUAUGGCCCACGUGUAUAUGGCACUGUUUCUGGUCUUGGAGGAAGGCCCGAAGCUGAGUCGGAGGGUGUCUUUCUUCAGAGGGUUAGCAGCGGGUGGUGCGUUGAACCGCCUGGUUUCCCGAAGUGCUAAGAAGUCAUGGUUAGCAUCAGACUCUCUCCCCAUCUCUUGAAAGGCAGGCAGGUUGAAUGGCGCAAGAGAGUGGAGCUCAACCCCAGAGGGGGGGGGGUCUCUGCAGAAGCUCACCCUGGCUGUGUUAGUCAUGUUUCAGCCAUGUUCUGCUUGCCAGCUGCUUCGCCGUACAGCCCGAGGCCAGCGUCGGUCCUGGUAGCAGAAGGUGCCUCUGCACUUCUCCUGUCUCUCCAUCAUGGGAAAGAACCUUUCUCCCAGCAGCCGGGCUGUGCCGUCUGGAAAACAGAGUCAGACCGGGCUGUUGACACUUCUUGACUGCUGCAGGUGCUGGACGGCUGGUUUCUUGCUAGUGGUCUUUCUGGGAGAGGCGCCUCGCGCUUUCUCCCGAUCCAUACCGCAGUGCGCAUUCUCUCUCCCUUCUGCUGUCCUUGUGUCUCCCUCUUUCUGGUUGCUCCUGAUCCUGACCACCCUGCAGCCUAAAGGCUGGCUGGCUACGUGGGAUGUCUUUACCUCCUAGACUGUGCUGUUUGGUGCGCUUGAAGGUUUCAGUCCAAACUGCUGCUAAUGUUAUUUCUCUGCACUUAAGAAGCUGUAGAACAAAAUGAGGGUGGGUGGGGUGCUAAUUUCACAAGUGGCAGGUGGGGGGGAGAGAACACUGGCAAAUAGGGAUUCUUUCCCCUGUUCUUGUCACUCAAGCAGGCGCAAGGGACUACGCAGGCCAUGCUCCACCAUCACUACAGGAACACUUUCUGGUUCAUUCUCAUGUCAGCAUAGUCCUGUUGGAAAUUCCUCUCCCACUUGCGGUGGGGCCAGCACAGCAGCCUUACGCCUCGUGCAGGGAUCGGAGGAGUGUGGCCCUCUGGAUGUCGCUGGGCUGAAGCUGCCAUGAUUCUCCACGCAGCUCUCCUGUCUGGGGAUGAUGGGAGUUGCAGUCCAGCAACAUCUGCAGGGCUGCAUGUUCCCAGCACAAAUGCUUUCACUUCAAAUCCAGAUAAGCUAUUUUAGAAAGGAAGGAAGGAAGGUGUGAGGUGCUGCUAUUUCCACAGGUCUUCAUAGUGUUCAUGACUAUUUUAUUCCAGAUUUAUAGGUCUGUAGAAGGGGCUACAGAAUGAACAAGAUUGUGCACCCCACAAGCCCUUAAGGCACCUCACGUGGAACGAAUGUGAAUGUGACGCUCAAGAUUGAAUUCUUGCUGGCAGCCUGGGAAUCGGACCGGCUGUUCUUAAUGUUUUUUCUGCAGUGUCCAUGGUUCUGUCUUCCCGUUUUUGUUUGCUUCCGCGUUUCAGCCUGCUUUGGGUCAUUAGCCUAAAAGUCAGCCUCAUCCUCUCAUAAUGGAUCUCCUUGGAAUUAAUUGCCUUCAGGGAGAGAGAAAAAAAACACCCUCAUUAGAGGUAAAGGUGGGAUCUCUGACGUUGCCAUACUCUGAACUGUGUAUAAAGUGAUUAAAGUCGGGGAAGAGUGUCGGACUUGGUUCCAUUUUCAGCUCAUUUGCACAGAUGUUUAAAACACACAUACACAAAGGAAAAUCAGGAAGGAAAAUCUGGAGAGAAAGAGGCCCCUCAAGUCCAUGAUGGUUAAUCAUAAUUGCUUUCAGCUCUCACAGGUUUGUGUCUCUGUCUUCAGGCAAACAACAACUCCAAAAUCAGAUCAGUAGCUUUGUGACAAACAAUGUGCUGUAAGAAAUUCAAUACAGUUGAAUAAAAUCUCUAUAUUAGUG